AUGUCCUCCUCUCCUCUUUCCUCCAAUUCAACCCUCAGCAGUGGGUUCUAUAACACCUCUACGGGGCAGAACCCUGACAAUGUCUAUGGCCUCUAUCUCUGCCGUGGUGACCUUAGCGCCGAUGUUUGUAAAGAUUGUGUCACCUUGGCCACCCGAGACAUUGUCCAACUCUGCCUCACUCAAAAAGAGGAUGAAUACUUACUACGUAAUUCAAACGAGUUCAUCUUUUCCAGUAUGGCCAAAGAACCUGUUGUGUACUUGUGGAACUCACAGAAUAUAACAGUUCAAGAACGUUUUGAGGAGCCAUUGAUGAUCACUAUAGACGAUACAGCUUCACAGGCCGCAAACGCUUCAUCACGUGCCAAAAAGUUCGCAAUAAGUGAAUUUUACAUAGCGUCAAAAGCUCUACACACUUACGCAGUAGCUAUCUCUCGGUUGCCAAAUUGUCGCAUUGGAAAGCAAGGAGGAAGAGUCUUAUUUCCAAGCUGUAAUAUUCGGUAUGAGAUAUAUGAGUUUGAUAAUGCAACCGGCGCGGUACCUUCUCCUCCCUCUCCUUCAGGUGCAACAAGACCACAAGAUAACAAUGAAAAAAAUUCUGCUAGAAUUAUUGCUAAACCAGGUGCUGCUGUUUCAAUGGUCACAUCUUACAUGGCUCAGAAUAUUAAAUUUGGUGGUUCACCUUUGACAGAGACACUUGACUCAAUGGAGAUUGUUAACCUAAAAGCGAAAAGAGAGAGCUCUCAACGAUAG